AUGGAUCAUCCAGCGACCAAUCUCUCCUCAAGUCUCUCAAACACCACAUCCUCCACUCUGCAAGACUAUCCGCAAGACUUCACGAGCCUGUACAACGACACUCGGAAAACGGAUGCCUUCGAGGGAACGUUCACGAUCACCUGUGCUCACAGAGACUCCCUAUACAUCGUGGUACCAGUGACCAUAAUCUACGUGUCGAUUUUCGUGACAGGAACCAUAGGUAACAUCAGCACGUGCAUCGUGAUCGCGCGCAACAAGUCGAUGCACACAGCGACCAACUAUUAUCUGUUCAGUCUGGCGGUGUCAGACCUGUUGCUGCUGGUCUCUGGUCUACCAGCGGAGAUCUAUAUGGUCUGGUGCCAGUAUCCGUACAUCUUCGGCGAAGGAUUCUGCGUUCUACGCGGCCUGGCAGCAGAGACAUCGACUAACGCGACGGUUUUAACCAUAACAGCGUUCACCGUCGAGAGAUACGUGGCUAUUUGUCAUCCUUUUCUCUCGCAAACCAUGUCCAAACUGUCCAGAGCGGUGAAAUUGAUCCUGGUUGUGUGGUUCGUGGCCCUCUCGUUCGCGUUACCGCAAGCUCUCCAAUUUGGAGUUGUUCAACAUCAUCAGAAUCAUCAUAUAGUGAUGUGUACCGUUAAGAACCCGCUGCAACAUUCGUUCGAGAUGUCCACGCUUUUGUUCUUUAUCGUUCCUAUGAGCCUGAUCACCGUGUUGUAUAUAUUGAUCGGGUUAAAGUUGAGGAAGUCGAGUAUGAUGAAGAGCAGCCGUGGAAGGAGGCCUGGAGGGAGCUGUAGACACCAUCCUGGAAGGUCGUCGAGGAGGGUGUUGAAGAUGCUUGUCGCGGUGGUGAUAGCGUUUUUCAUUUGCUGGGCGCCAUUUCACUUGCAACGGCUGAUCGCCAUUUAUGGGACGAACAAAGAGGAUCACAUCUCCUCUAACAGCAAGUGGAUCGAAUUCCUUUAUCUCCUUAUGACCUACAUAUCCGGUGUUCUUUAUUACGUAUCGACGACGAUUAACCCUAUUCUGUACAACAUCAUGUCGAACAAAUUCCGUGUAGCGUUCAUGGAAACAUUGUCGAGAAGCUGCAGAAUUCCUGGUUUGGGGAUUCACAACGAGCAACGUUCCUAUUCUAGUUUAUCCCGGUCGCAACAGAGGGCAAUAGGAGGGUCGAGGACCGCGGGAACGGCCGGGACAGGAAUUGUCCACGAAAGUACCGACUGCUCCGGAAAUUCUGGCCACGAGGACAGUCCCAAACAGACAACGUUGCCCACAAAUCAAUUGGAGAUGGAUUCCGCGCGAAAUAUCGUCAAGAAGAAAGACAACGAGGAUAUUGGGCGACUGGAGAUCAUUCCCAAGGAAGUUAAUGGUAAAAAAGAUGUUUGUUUGAAGAAUUCAAGAAGAUCGAGACCGACUAAAUAUACCACGGUAAAACUUUCAAAUGUGGACGAGUCCGGAAAGAAGUGGUGGGGGUUGCUAAAGUGGUUUCCUGGUUUGAAGUCGCUGAAACUUGCCGGAAGAAAUACUGUCCCGGAAAACCAUAUUUUGAAGAGGCCAGAGCUUUGCAGGGAAGAGAUUUCAAUGACGAUGUGGAACGAGGCGAACGAACAGCAGCCUGUUUGA